GCAUAUUAAUAUGACGAGACAAACUUUCGGGCGGUUUGUCCAGUGACAAACUAUGCCGCUCUCGGGUUAGUUGAAAUAGGCUUUUUAUCAAACUCUAAAAGAAUAUUAUCAGUUCCCAGCUAAUUAAGAUGGAAAAUAUACUGGUUUAUAUGUCAAAAAAGCAACCAAUAAUUUUGGACGGUCUUCGUCGCGCGUCAUGUCACGUGACAUGGGUUCAUGGAUCAGUCGUCAAUUUUGACACACUUUUUGUGUUGAUGGAUUCUGCUUAAUGUAUACUGGAUUUCUUAUAAAAUAAACUAUGGAUCAUUUAUAUAUGCUAAGUUUACAAGGGAUAUCCCUUUGCUUACUUUAGCUUGCCGCCUUAUCAAAUCACCGCAAAACACAGCGGGGAAGAAAACGAAGACAUCGAGGGAACGUACAUGUAGUACUGACAAAAAAGAAGCUUUCUGUGACAAAAUAAAAUAAAAACAACGAGGGAGAAUUUCAAGUUAAAAAAUAAGCUUUCUUCCCUAAAAUGCCGCGACGGAAGAAGGAAGAAAUCAUAAGUGACGAUGAAGAGGACUUUGCAAGUGAAGGCGGCAGAAAAUUUCAUAAACCCAUCCAAAGGAAUGCCGCAAAUGCACGUGAAAGAGCUAGAAUGCGAGUUUUAAGUAAAGCAUUUGUGAAAUUAAAAACAACUUUACCAUGGGUACCAGCCGAUACAAAACUUUCCAAAUUAGAUACUCUUCGUUUGGCUUCUAGUUACAUAGCUCAUUUACGUCAGGUGCUAACCAGCGAUGAUGAGGAACCAGUGCAGCCAGCAUUCAUACACCCGAUGAAUUUGACAUGGCCUUUUACAUUUAGCACUAAAGGAAGUGGCUCGGGUUCGGAAAGCAAAUCACCAGAACCUAUGAAACUGGACGUUGACGGUGAACAUUUGAUGACUGCAAAUGGCGAUGUUUGACGUAACGAUUUGUUUUUUUAAUCGACAUACCCCUGAGGAAAUCCAUAAAUGUUGUUACUGUUGUGUAACGUUGAUAUUUAAUUCAAGUUUGUCCAACCACAAAAUGUAAAAUAAUCCGGUGACUAAAUUGUGUUUGAAGGUCUUAUUUUGCAAGGCAUUGAUGGUGUAUUGUCUUUAUCCAAUUUAAAUAUAGCUACUUGUCUAUCUGAUGAUACAUUGCUAGACAGUUACAUAAUCCAGUGAAAGAUGUAUUUUUCCUCACAAUGAUGCAGUAGGAAAUCAAUACAUUUUGCUUUACAAACAGAAAAUCAAAGGAACAUGCAUUUGAUGACAGUUUCUAUAUUUUUUCUUUUUUAGAUUUUCUCUCUACUUACUGCUUCAAAUUAACAUUUAAUGUAAAUUAGAAAAAGUUAUUAUCUUAUACAUUUUAAAACUUUACAGAUCUCUGUAUAAAAGUGAGACGAGCAAUUUUUUUCGUAAUACAUGUAUGGUUUAUAUUCGUCAAAAAUGCUUGUUUGACAAUUUACACACUAGAAGCUGACGCAAAUAUAAUUUAAGUAUAAAUAUGAAUGUAUUAAAAUAUAUUAGCUAUUGAAAUAUUAUAUGAUACUAAUAUUUUACAUUUUUUAUAGAAAUAAUUCACGCCAUGUAAAUCAUUUAGACUUUGCAUUUCAGGAAUUAAUCGAUUGAUUCUCUAUUAUGCCAAUGUAAAUCAUUUUCUACAUUCGUUUAAGUUACUGGUCAUCAUCAUUCAUAAAUAUUUUUGUAAGCUGUUCUCUUCAAAUGCGGACGAAAUAGAGGAAAUAAAUGGUUUAUUGAAGAAUCA